GCCGAACCUCUGCCGCAGAACGGAUGUGAAAGCGGAUGCGGACAUCCGCAAAAAAGAGUUUUUGCAGUUUUCGGCGUAGUUCUGGGACCAUGAGCAAGAAAAGCAAUGUGUGGCAGUUCUUCUACAAGGCCUCGGACACAGUGGCGACAUGCUGCCUGUGCAACAGAAACUAUUCGAGAAAGGGCCGUGUAACCACUUGUCUCCGUAACCACCUGAAAAGCAAGCACCAAGAAGAGUUUCUAACACUCGAAGACGUCAAGUUUGCGGUGAAGAGGGAAAUAAAUAGCUCGCCUUCGCCUCAUCACCCCACAACGCAAUUGGAGUUGCACUUGCAUGAACUCGAUCCUGAUCCCUUGGAGACAGAGGAUUCCCUUGUUACUGCGCGCUGUGACGAAAAGCUGGCACUGAUGCUCCUAAACCAGUCAUUCGCGUUUAUUGAAGGACAGGGAUUCGUUAGCUUUGUGAAAGUACUGCAGCCAAGAUAUGUUAUCCGCUCGAGGAGCUAUUACGAGAAUCUACUGUGCCACGACAUAUACAGGAGAAUGCAAGCGCACGUAAAGCAGCAGGUUGAUGUCCUCGACUCCAUCUCGUUGUCCACAAGUCUGUGGUGGGGAGGUGACAACAGUGAGGGACUGCUCAGCUUGUCUUGUUCUGCUAUUUCGCGGGAUUUUCAGAGCCAUCGAUUUACGCUACGGUGCGAAGCCAUUAACUACGAGUGCCCUGCGAAGCUGGCAUGCUGUAUUCGGGACCUCAUUCCUGGCAUGGCAAUAGAGGUACCCAAAGAGAGGGUUCAUUGCAUCAUCAGGGACGAGCUAACGGCUCUGCCGGGAUCACUUCCCGACUGCAGUGUGCAUCGCCUUCAAAUGUGCGUGAGAUUUGCUCUGCAGUCGAACGAAGUGCUUCAGAAUCUGUCGUCGAAGUGCAAGCAAAUAGUUGAACACUUUGCCAAUGACCAGAUGGCUCAUGAUCAUCUCAAAUUCAUCCAAGAGAUUCGUCUCAAACGAGAGCCUAGCUCAUUACCACCUGCUGUUCCUCUGGGGUGGAAUGCGAUCUUUCAGAUGAUGGCAAGCGUGUUCAGGAUGAAGGAUGCACUCACUCUGUACUCCGAGGAGUAUAAUCUCGUUCAGAUAUACCCGGACGAGUGGACAGACAUCGAUUUGUGCAGUAAGGUGAUGCAGCCGUGUGAGGAAAUCAUUAGGAUCUGGAGCUAUCCAUCGACGUCGGCGUCAUCGGUAAUUCCACUCGUGGCCGCCUUAAGGGAUUCCCUUCGAACGGACGUCCACAACUACGUUUCCUCCGUGACUAUUUGCAGCUUUGCCAGAAAGCUGCUCGAAGAGCUGGAAAUGAAGUUCUCACAUGUCACCAGCGAUAACAAAUAUCUAAUAGCCACCUAUUUGGAUCCCAGGUACAAGCAGGCCUUUUUCACCGAGCGAGAGGAGCAUCUGGUAGCCAAUGAAGUUCUGCAGCUGCUGCUCGCCACUGUUCAGGGGGAUGGCGACGGACAGCCGGCAUUAAAAAUAAUCAAAGUAUCAUCCUCGUCGUCGUCUCUAAAGAUGAACGAGUCAAAGAUAGAUACUAUUCUCGACAAUAUGCUGACGGCUGGCUCCUCCACGAAUAUUCAACAGGCGGCGACAGCCGCCUUUGCUUCCCAAUCGCAGAUUAAAAAUCUCCUUUACUUGUACAACUCUGAGCCGAGAAUUGACAGGAACACGGAUCCCCUGAUGUGGUGGAAGGCAAACAUCAAAUAUAGCUCCAUGUAUGGCAUUGUCCGGAGAUUUCUAUCGGUGCCGGCAGCAAGUGCCAGCGGCGAACGAUUGUUCCGGGAAUCUGCACACCUGUACGGUGACAUGCGGGCAGGAUUGAGUCCAGAAAGUGCAUCAAAAAUAUUGCUCAUCAAGGCCAAUUACACUUCGGACAGUAGGGAGUAAGAUGUUUAAUAUCUAGACACAUUAUAUACAUAAUUAAGACUUUGAACUUAA